UACGCUGUGGAUAUGCCACGCACGAGUACCUUCGAUCAGUAUACGUAAUGCAUGCACGUCCGCGCUCGAGCCAGAUCUCGAUCGCGAACUGUAUGAAAAAAAUUAAUGGCAGCUAGCUGUAGGCCUAUGUGUGUGUUUGGCUAAUUAGGCCUAACUAGCAACAGCUGUUUUACUUGUUCCUUAAAAUCCCUCCCUUCCACUUGUUCUUAUAAUGGUCUAAGUAUACCAAGUUGAAGUGAUGAGCUGCAUAGAUGUGGUUGCUGGAUUCAGGAGAGAGAGUAUCAUAUGCAGAAAAUGACAAUAACAACAAUUCUACAGAUCUGAUGGACAUUCUGAGGAUUGUUCCCCUGCGGUCGCCGUAACGUCUACAUAAGGUGUCUUCAUGGCAACCCAUCAGCUGAAUGGUGUUGGGGAUAAGACUGCCCUUCAAGGUCAGACCCAAGUGGACCAGGUCUCGGGGGCCGAGUACAGUAUCGAGAAUGACACGAGACACCGCCCCCACCCGCUGGAAAAGCAGGGAUCCCGCACGCGCUUUCACUCGGGGAACGGAUCGGCCGCUAAGUCCUCGUCGUCAUCGCUAGCCCUUUCGCUAUCCUCGUCGGAUAUUCGGCAGGUCAACGGCGGGAAGGAUGAUGCGACGAGCUCCCCUCGCCACGUAUCGCACACCCCACCGACGUCGCCCACGUUGAACCACUCUGGCUCAAAUCUCAAAACUGCGAAUUUUGCCUCGGCACCGUCCAGGGCUGGUGAUUUUAAGACCCUCCGUUCGCGACUGCGUCCCAGGAAGAGCCGAUCGCAGCAGGACAACCUCUUGACCUUCAGGGCGAUGGCCUAUCUUGUGCUGUGGUACUUCUUCAGCUUCUGCACGCUGUUUCUGAACAAAUACAUACUGAGCAUGCUCGGUGGGGAGCCUGGGAUGCUGGGUUCAACCCAGAUGCUAGUGACCACCGUCUGCGGCUUCUGUAAGAUGUACAUUCCUUGCUGCCUCUACCGCCACAAGAGCCAAGACGAGAGGCCAAAAGGGUUCCUAUGGAACAUGAUCGGCCUUGGCAUUAUGAGAUUUCUGACUGUUCUUUUAGGCCUGGUCAGCCUGAAGCACAUUGCUGUCUCCUUCACGGAGACCAUCAAGAGCUCGGCCCCGCUCUUCACCGUGAUCAUCGCGUGGCUGAUGCUGAGGGAGCGCACGGGGCUGUGGGUCAACCUUUCGCUGUUACCCGUCAUGGGCGGCCUGGCGUUGACCAGCUGCUACGAGCUGAGCUUCACGGCGAUUGGCUUCUCUGCUGCCAUAGCAACAAAUUUAGUGGACUGUCUACAAAACGUGUUCUCCAAAAAGCUUUUAAGUGGCAGUUCCCAUAGAUACAGUCCCCCAGAGCUUCAGUUCUACACCAGCACAGCUGCAGUGGUGCUUCUGGUACCCUCCUGGUUAUUUUUAGACAACCCUUUUAAGAAUGGUCUUCCUGAUCAAGUAUUGGUCAUGGCUCUAGUCCUCGAUGGCGUCUUUUUCCACCUUCAAAGUAUAACAGCGUACGCCCUCAUGGGUCGUAUAUCACCGGUAACGCAUAGCGUUGCGAACACAUUCAAGAGGGCGCUUCUCAUCUGGCUUUCUAUCCUGGUUUUCCAUAACCCAGUCACGGUGCUCAGCGGCGUGGGCACCAUCAUCGUCGUUCUCGGCGUCUUCCUGUACAACCGCGCUCGUGAGUACGAGCAGAACCGGCAAGCGCAGGAUGGUCCCGGUGAGGGCAGCAUUCCUCUCUCCUCUCCAGUCUGAUGUUGUGCGCAGCCUUAUGGGGGCGCUAUUUUCCCCAUUA